AUGGGCAAACAAACCGUCAACUCGGCAUUCCUCGUCUUGGUGCCGCUGCUAGUCGCAGCGGUGCUCAACGCCUUCCUCUCCUCAAACCAUGUUCCGGUGGUCGUGCCACAGCAUUUGGACCUCACGUGGGAGCACAAGUACUUUCGACCGAGUGGCGACGACGUAUCGGGAGUCAAGGGUAACCCAGCCAAGAACCACCGCAGCCCGUGCCCAGCACUCAACGCCCUGGCAAACCACGGGUAUCUCCCGCGCGAUGGCAAGAACGUGACACCUCACGUGCUUCAAGACGCCCUUGUGGAGGUCUACAACCUGGAUCAGUCACUAGCAGAGUUUCUAGUGAGCACUUUGGCCGACAAGUUCUCGCUCGCCGACCUGGGUGAGCACAACGUUGUGGAGCACGAUGCCUCGCUCGUCCAUGAUGAUGCAUGCAUAGGAACGGACCCGUCUUCCGUGAACAUGACGUUGGCUAGCAGUCUGCUUGCACGUGGCAACAAGGAUCAGUGCAUCACCAGGAUGACGUUGGCUGCGUAUCGUCGCGAGCGUGAGGCUGAGAGCGCCGCUAAUACUCCCGACUUCGAGGAGACAUUCACCGCCCAACGAGCUCUCACGUCCUAUUCCGAGUCCGCGGUCAUGCUGCUGGUCAUGGGGGAUGAGGCCACGACCAGCAUCUCAGUCGACCACGCUCGGUCGUUCUUGAUCCAAGAGAGGAUCCCAGACGACUACGAAAAACCCAAGGUACCUGUCACACUGUUCCGGUCGCUGUGGAUCACGCUGCAGCUGAAGGUGCUUGCUUUGUUGUCUCCUAUACUAGGCUAA